UAUUGUCAUUAGUUCCAACAAAAGAUGUCAUAGCCACUAGUGUUUUGUCUAAACGAUGGAGAUCUCUUUGGAAGAUGGUGCCAAAGCUUGAGUUUGAAUUUGAUACUGAACAGGUCUCUUCAGAGGAUGUUUACAGGUUACUGCUUUUGCAUAAAGCUCCGUUUCUGGAAAGUUUGCAUUUGAACAUUGAAAACUCAAAAGGUCGUUUGGAUAUUGGGAUAUUGAUUGGAAUUGCAUUUUCACGCCACGUGCGUGAACUGGUGCUGGAUUUCUACCAUAAGGAUCAAGAAACAGUCAAGUUUCCGAGUGUAUUGUGUAGCUAUAACAACACACUAGAGGUGCUGAAGCUCGAGUAUCACGUUCUCUUAGACUUCCCUUCUCGGGUCUGUUUCAAUGCCCUUAGAGAGCUGCAUCUUUACGAAGUGGAAUUCAAAAACGAAGCAUCUGUUUGCAACCUUUUAUCUGGAUGCCCUAGGCUUCAAGAUUUGGUUGUUACACGGUUUGAUAAUAUCGAUGCGGAGACUUACACUAUUGCGGUGCCAACGUUACAGAGGCUAACCAUAGAAGAGAAUAGUAGGGCAGAUGUAGAUGGUGGAGGCUAUGUGAUAAAUGCACCGUCUUUGAAAUACUUGAAAAUCCAAUCCCUCUGUUUUAUUGACUUCUUUGUGAUUGAGAAUGCGCCAGAAGAGCUGGUGGAAGCAAGGAUCGGUAACAUUCCUCAUAUAGCAGCCAAUGAGAACAUUAUUGCAUCUCUUACUUCAGUCAAGCGUCUUUCCUUAUCCUUACCCUUAGAGAUUAAGUUUCCUACUGGUACCAUCUUCUAUCAGCUGGUGUUUUUGGACCUACGUAUAAAUGAAAUAAAUGGGUGGAAUUUACUUUCCUUCAUGCUCGAUAGCUCUCCUAAAUUGCGAGUCCUCAAGCUCGUAGUCUCAUGUCAGGAAGAUUGUCCGGUGGGGUGGGAAUGGAAUCAGCCGAAAUGUGUACCAGAAUGUCUGUUGCUCCAUCUGAAGAUAUUGGCGUGGAUAAUAUACGGAUGGCAACGAGAAGAUGAGAAACAAGUGGCCACAUACAUCCUCAAGAACGCUAGAAAGUUGAAGAAAGCAUUUUUCUACACAAUGCGCAUUAAACCCGAAGAGCUCGAAGAACUGGAAAAGAGACGUGAGAUGCUCAACGAGUUGUCUAGUGUUGCCAGAGGGUCUACUUCUUGUCAACUUGUGUUCAAACCAGAUGAUCUCUAGAAUGUUCACUGCUGUUUUGGCAAUUGGGAAAUUCUCAACUUGUUGAAUCUUUCUAGAAGUCUAGUAGAUUUCUUAAGUGGUCAGAGUCUGGUGCAUUUUGAUAAUUUAACGUUGUUGGUAAAUCACUGUUGUGACAUCUAUUUAAGCUCUUUUGGUAAUUUGGGAAUGGAACUGUGGCUGAUG